CCCACACCCACCAUCAUCGUCUCCUCCUCCGCCCAAAAUCCCAAACUCAUCCACAGAUUCCCAAACGCCAACCAACUUCACCCAACUCACCCCCACAUUUCUCUCUCUAAACACCCCCCAAAUUCCCUCUCUACAACACACACAUAUAUAUAGAUAUAGAUAUAGAUAUAGAUAUACAUUAUACAUACACUGCUCUAUCUCUACAGCAAUGGCAGCCACAACAGCUCAAACGAUGUCAACAACCUUACUACUCUCCUCCCCCAAACCCCCCUCUCUCUCCACCUCCUCUUUCUCUCUCCUCCCCCUCAAUCUCCGCCACCGCCGCCCAAUCUCCCUCAAAUCCUCCACCACCAAUAUCUCCGCCAUCAUCUCCGUCGGCGACGAGCUCCCUGAAUCCACACUCUCCUACUUCGACGCCGCAGACGAGCUCCAAACCUUAACCAUCUCCGACCUCACCAAAAACAAAAAAACUAUCCUCUUCGCCGUCCCAGGCGCAUUCACCCCAACCUGCUCCCAAAAACACCUCCCCGGAUUCGUGUCGGCGGCCGCGGAGCUCAAAUCGAAAGGGAUCGACGCGAUCGCCUGCGUGUCCGUGAACGACGCGUUUGUGAUGAAGGCGUGGAAGAAGGGGCUGGAAAUCGAAGAUGAAGUGAUGAUGCUGAGCGAUGGGAAUGGGGAUUUCACGAAGGCGAUUGGGUGCGAAUUGGAUCUGAGUGAUAAUCCGGUGGGGUUGGGAGUGAGGUCGAGGAGGUACGCGAUGUUGGUGGAGGAUGGCGUUGUGAAGGUGUUGAGUUUGGAGGAAGGUGGUUCUUUUACUUUCAGUGGUGCUGAGGACAUGCUCAAAGUGCUUUGAUCUCAGAGGUUGAAUUUGGACAUGUGACAUUCUCCAACUCAUUUGAAGGUUAUGAGAAGUUAUGAAGUGUAAAAAGAUGAUGGAUAAUAAAGUGGAGAACAUGGAGCAUGAAGUGGAGGUUGAAGGAAGUUAUGGAAGAUCAUGUAAUCUGAAAUGGAGGAGAUGGAAGAGUAGGUAAUUUUAAGUAAUUUUUUCCUACAAAUGUUUGCCUAUAAAUAGCCCUUUAUGGCUAUAUUGUAAAAGAUCCAGAAUUCAAAUAAAAAACAAUUAAUUUCAAUAUCCUUUGGUA